UCCUGUUUGGUCUGCUGCGCUACAACGAACAACAAACGCACCGAAGCGAGCCAAAAACCUGCAAAUCUGUCUGACAAAGAGUGUGGCCUCCAGAGCGCAGGAGCAGGGCUAUAAAAACUCCUCUAAUUCUUGUGUUGCGGGCCAGAGCUGACGCUGCGUGAGGACACGGACACGGACCCGCCGUUGCCGGAGCGAUGCCUUCCCGUGUGGAGGACUACGAGGUGCUCUUCACCAUCGGCUCCGGCUCGUACGGACGGUGUCAGAAGAUCAGGCGCAAAUCAGACGGAAAAAUCCUCGUGUGGAAGGAGCUGGACUAUGGCGCAAUGGGGGAGAGUGAGAAGCAGAUGUUGGUGUCAGAGGUGAACCUUCUGAGAGAGCUGAAGCACCCAAACAUCGUGAGGUACUAUGACCGCAUCAUCGACCGCUCCAACACCACGCUCUACAUCGUCAUGGAGCACUGCGAGGGCGGGGACCUGGCAAGCCUCAUCAGCCGCUGCAUCAGGGACAGGCACCACCUGGACGAGGCAUUCAUACUUCGGGUGAUGGCUCAGCUGACCCUGGCCCUGCGCGAGUGUCACAGACGUAGUGAUGGGAGGGCCACAGUCCUGCACAGAGACUUGAAACCUGCCAACAUCUUCCUGGACAGCAAACACAACGUGAAGCUGGGAGACUUCGGACUGGCCCGCAUCCUCAACCAUGACACCAGCUUCGCCAAGACCUUUGUGGGGACGCCCUACUACAUGUCUCCUGAGCAAAUGAACCGGAUGUCCUACAAUGAGAAGUCUGAUAUCUGGUCUCUGGGCUGUCUGCUCUAUGAGCUCUGUGCACUCUCGCCUCCUUUCACAGCUUUUAACCAGAAGGAGCUGACAGAGAAGAUCCGUGAGGGCCGCUUCAGGAGGAUCCCCUACAGAUAUUCAGAGGAGCUCAACUCACUGCUCUGCAAAAUGUUGCAUCUCAAGGAUUACCUGCGCCCCUCAGUGGAGUCCAUCCUCCAGUGCAGCCUGCUGUCUGAGGCAGUCACUGAGGAGCAGAGGAGGGCCCAGGAGAAGAGAACGGAGAAGGCCCAGAAGAGGUCUGCAGACUCAGCCUGUCCCCAGCAAACCCCCUUUACCCCCAGCCAGCCCACAGCCAGGGACGCCCAGCUCCAGCUAAGAGAGCAGGCUGUGAGGGAGCGCGAGAGGGCCCUGAAGGAGAGGGAGGAGAGGCUGGAGAAAAGAGAACAGGAACUGUGUGUGCGUGAGCAGCUGUCCAGUGAGAAACUCGCACAAGCAGAAAGUAUAUUUAAGACGUACAACCUUCUUCACCAGCAGAGGGAGCUGUCUCCGUUUUAUCCCAAAGAUUUGUUGGAUAAAACUUCGCCGGGGAAGAAGAAGGUGCAUUUCGCCCGGGAGAGCAAAGAAAACGUGAGACCGCCACCAGCCAUGUCACAGGAGUUGAUACUGAGGAGGCUGCAUGCGGCGCACAUGCGCGCCCAGGCCCUCAGCAGCGUGGAGAGAGUGUGUCAGACCAAGAGCAGACAGGUCCUAGGCCUCCGAUAACCACAGCCACAAGGACUUCUACAUACUAACAUGAAUGUAACAUAAGCUAGAUUUCAUUUCAGAGUAGCAAAUAUUGUUGUGAUUGUUGGAUGUUUCGCUGAUUUAUAAGUUGUGUGUUUCAUUUGUUUGUGGUGUGAAAAUAUUUGAUUCUGUACUAAUGUAAUAUUUUAUGUUGUAUUUUCAGGCAGCUAUUUCUCCAAAAUCCAAUUGCAGAAAAUAAUUGCAGCUUACUGUUUCUAAGUUAAUGUGCACAUGGCAGUUUAGAGUUAACAUCAUUAAGCCUAUAUAUAAGAUCUACCUAGCUUUUUUUUCUAGU